AUGGUCCACUUCCGCGACCCAUCCGCGCUUGCUCGUAGCCAAGGCAAACACCGUCCAGACAAACUCUACCGUCACCAUUUCGAGAAUGCGGCCACUUUGUCUCUGUAUGUGAACAAGAUUAACCACAUAAGUCACAAAGAAGUCCCAGACCUGAAGUUGCAGGAUGGAAACGCGUUUCAGUCUGUCGGCACGCUCAAACCCACCAAGGACAUCACCAAGGAACGUAUCCACCGACAUUACAAAACUCAACAGAAGCGUCGGCCUUCUGCUUACGUCUCUGCCAUGCCAUCAAUGAAGGAUGCUGAAGAGAAAAUGCGCAACAUGCACAAGACUCGCAUUACUGCCCCGCGCCGUAUGUUCCUCGCUGAAAUAGAUGUCUCAGAUAUGGUGGCUGGAAUACUGAAGACUAAGAUGGCAACCACGUCAGGUGAACACACCACCGAUGACAGGAAGCCCCUCACGUUGUCUACUACAGAUAGCUGGGUCGAAAUCCCCAUCUGGAUCCAAGAUGCGGUACCAUACGAAGGAUCUCCAGCCAUCCGUCCGCCACGCUCGGUCGAGAGCAUUCUCAACUCAGGUGGUCAGAUAUGGCUGUCCGUCAACGAACUUACGAAGUCCGAUCUGCGGGUAUGGGCUAUGCAGAGUCACGAAAACGAAUGGCUAGCUCUGAGCAACAUCCCGGAGACAUCUAUCCUCAACGUCCUACCCUUCGAUGGCGCUGUUCUGCACACAGGCAAGGGUUACGAGCUCGUGCGCAACCGUCGGACUGAUGGUGGAGAUAUCUAUCUUUGGAACUUUGACACCAACAUGUGGGUGCACGACCCUGACCUUACGGACCCAAGCCCCUACCGUGAUUCAAGGAUUGGCGAAAAGCGAAAGGCCGACGGAGAUGUCGAUGUUGAUUCAAACUCCGACGACCAGCGUACUCCUACACCCGACAGUGACUGA